AUGGAAGGAGAGGGAGGAGGAGAAGAAGGUAGUGGUGGUUAUGGUGUUUAUGGGCUUAUAAAUAACACACAAUCACACCAUCCUCAUCAUCACCAUCAAAAUAUGCAUAGAACAGGUCCUCCAUUGACAGCCAUAGACAGGUUCCUGUGGGGAAGCCAGAGCAAUUUCUCUCACCAAAACAAUGCAAGCAGCAAAGCAAAUGUGGUUUCCACAAAUGGGUUGUUAGGUUUUUCUUCUUUUGGUGGUGCAAUUGGCCAUGAGGCUUCUUGUUGGCCUAGCUAUGGUGCUGCUGCUCAAUAUCCCCAAGAGGUAAGCUUUCUGGAUGGGCUUUUGGGUGAUCAUGGAGAGCCCUUGAUGAUGUCUUGGAGUGGCCAGGCAGAGCAAAACCCUAAUACUGGUUUCAUAGAAGAAGCAAAGGUUUCAGAAAGGAGGGUGGGAAAGAGAGCUAGAAAAGGUUUAACUGCUGCAGCUUUAAUAAAGGGACAGUGGACUGAUGAAGAAGACAGGAAGCUGAUCAGGUUGGUGAAGCAAUAUGGAGUGAGAAAAUGGGCACAGAUAGCUGAGAAGCUGGUGGGUAGGGCUGGCAAGCAGUGUCGAGAGAGAUGGCAUAAUCAUUUGCGCCCUGAUAUCAAGAAAGAUAGCUGGACUGAAGAGGAAGAGACGAUACUUGUGGACGCUCAUACUGAGGUUGGGAACCGUUGGGCAGAGAUUGCGAAACGCAUUCCUGGAAGAACCGAAAACGCCAUCAAGAACCAUUGGAAUGCCACAAAAAGGAGGCAGAAUUCAAGGAGGAAGAACAGGCAGGCAGAGGGGAAAGAUGGAAACAACAACAAGAAGCCUCAGUCUUCCAUACUCCAAAACUACAUCAGGAGCAAGAACCUCAUGAGCAACAACAACAAUAAUAAUAACAACGCCGCCUCCCCAAAUGUUUCCACUAUGAGCAACAACACCCCAACCAGUUCUUCCACUCUCUCUCAUGAAAACCCAUCAAAAACCCACCUCAACAUUUUGGCCACAGAGCCCUCUGACCAGUCCACAACUAGCAAUUGCUGCGACUCUCCUUUGAAUUUGGGUGAUACAUUAUACAACGAUGAGGAGCUUCAUUUCAUGCAAACUUUCUUCACCAACAAUGUUCACACUUUCAAUCCUCAUCAGCAGCAUCCAUCCCAUUCCAUUGACAGCAGCAACAACAGCAACAACAUUGGCCUAAUUGUUAGUCCAGUGGAGCCUACACAAAAUGCUAUUAAUCCCACUACUUCUACUACUCCUACCCCCCUCUACUCUGACCUUUACCUUUCAUACCUCUUAAAUGGGACAGCCAACUCAUCAUCAUCUUUUAGUUCCACUGAUCAUCAUCACUUGGGUUUUUACAACACAAGCAUGGAAUAUUUGAUGGCACAUGAUCAAUAUCAUGAAGCUGCUGCUGCUGCUGCUUCUUCAAAUGAAAAGAGAGAGAUGGAUUUGAUAGAGAUGGUUUCUUCUUCUCAAUUUGCUCAGGGUGCCAACAGAACCAGCUUCUGAUCUUCAACUCAGUACAUAGUUUCUUCUAGCUGUGAAGAACUAUUAGGAACUAAUAAUUAAUGUGAAGCCUGGAUUCUCUUUUUUUCUUUUUUUUAUUUCAUUGUGACUGGAUUGGAAAUUACCAAUAUGGUGUUGGUUGGCUUAAAUAUUGCUAAAAUGCUUGUAUUGUGUGAUAAGCGUUUUAGUUUAUUAGUUGUAGCAGGCUGGACUGCAAAACUUACUUUUCUGGGGUUUCUUUUUCAGUUCUGUUUCUGUCUUUUUCUUUACUUUUCCUAACUGCCUCUGAUUCAUUACAGUUUUGUUGACGAGGGUUUUGGUUGGAGGCAGUGAGAGAUAGAGUGGAAUGUUUUUCCCACACCCUUAAGCCUACAUGCACUGCAUUUGUAUAUUUAGAAUUUUAUGGCCACGUUUUUUUUUUUAAAAGUUCAAUUUAGAAGGAAAGAUGAAAGAGAACUGAGAAGAAUCCGCUUGUGGUUUAAUUUUGUUUUGUUAAGGUAAGCCAUGUUGGAAUAUUUUGUUAAGGAGUUACAUUCGUAAUCAAAUCUUUCAUUUUUAUCGUUUUGUGUAACGGUUAAGGUGUACGUCACAUGUAAUAUAUAAGUUUUAAAAUCAUCAAUUUGUGUAAUAGUCAACGCAUAUGCUACGCGUAAGGGUAUAAUAAGCCUAUUACGAUCCUUUUGCGUCAACUUCAUUGACUAGGGUCUCCAAGAUUUAUUGAAACGGGUGUAAAAUGACCGUACACACAAAUGAAUAAAUUUGGAGAUUGGUCUAAAAUUU